CAGAGUAGCAGUAUGAGCACCGCUGGACUAGGCUGAGUGGAUAUUUUACCAUUUUACCACCACAGCCUGUUCUGUACCAUGGGGAAAGAUGGGUCCAGCAAAUUAAACAUCUUCAUUCUCCUCUUCUUCCUCCUUGGAGAUGCUUCACCCAUCACAGAACCGCAGUACAUGGUGCUUCUGCCCUUUCUGAUACACACUGAUUCCCCUGAGAAAAUCUGUGUUCAGCUAACUCACCUGAAUGAGUCUGUGACGCUGAAUGCUGCAAUCGAGUAUCAAGGGGAAAAUAGGAGCUUGAUUGAUGAUGUGGUGUCGGAGAAGGAUUUGUUUACCUGCAUUCCUUUCACUAUUCCAAAAUCAACGAGCGAGUCAACAGUCACAUUUAUUACUGUGACAGUGAAGGGGGAGACUCUGCAGUUCAGAAGCCGCAAGUCAGUGCUAGUCAAGAAUUCUGAGAGUUUGGUCUUCGUCCAGACAGACAAGCCCAUCUACAAGCCUGGACAGACAGUCCUUUUCAGAAUUGUUUCUCUGGAUGAAAACUUCCGUCCCUUGAAUGAGAUGCUUCCACUGGUCUAUAUUGAGGACCCAAAGAAAAACCGUUUGUGCCAGUGGACAAAGGCUGAGAUAAAGGAAGGGUUAAUGCAGCUGUCUUUCAACCUCACUACUGAGCCCAUUCAAGGGACUUACUCAGUGGUGGCACAGAAGGCUUCCGGGAAGAAAAUCCAGCAUCCCUUCACUGUGGAGGAGUAUGUGCUUCCAAAAUUUGAAGUAACAGUGAAAAUGCCCAAGGUUAUCACCAUCCUUGAUGAGGAGCUGAAGGUGACAGUUUGUGGUCUAUACACAUUUGGCAAGCCUGUUCCUGGCCAUGUGAGCUUUCGUGUCUGCAGGAAAUUUGAAUACCCAGCAACUGCUUGCUAUGGUGAAGAGGCUAAGGCAGUAUGUGAUGAAUUCUCUGGACAGACAGACAACCAUGGCUGCAUUUCUAAACUGGUAAAAACCAAGUUAUUCCAGCUCAAGAGAACUGGAUAUGAGAACAAGCUCCAUGUGGAUGCUAGGAUUGAAGAGGAGGAAACAGGAAUUGUGUUGACUGGAACAAGCUUCUCUGAGAUCACAACUACCAUCAGCAAAAUUACCUUUGAGAACUCAGAUUCCUACUACAAACCUGGAAUCCCCUUCUUUGGGCAGGUUAAACUUGUGGAUGGGUCUGGUGCUCCAAUUGCCAAUGAAACUGUGAGGAUUUCUUUACAAGGAGGCCAGGAAAUGAACUACACAACAAAUGAAGAGGGCAGAGCGCUAUUUGCCUUGAACACUUCCAUGUUGUACUUCGAUUCUGUUGGAAUUAGAGCAACUCACAAAACACACUCCUACUGCUUUGACCAUUCAUGGGUUAAUCCAACUUAUGAAGAUGGUUAUCUCCACCUAAAGCGCUUUUACUCCCCUAGUAAGAGCUUCCUCAAAAUUGAGCCUAUGUCUGAGACACUAAGCUGUGGCUCCUCAGCUGAGGUCCGGGUUCACUAUAUCCUUACAUCAGAGGCUGUAAGAGAGAGGAAGAAAGUCAUCUUAUACCACCUGGUGAUGGCCAAGGGAAUUAUCAAGCAAGCAGGCACCAGAAUUCUGGAUUUGGAUAAGGAAAGUGUCAAUGGUGUCUUCAUACUACAGCUGCCUGUGGAAGCUGACUUUGCUCCUAUAGCCCAAGUGCUGGUCUACACUGUUACCCCCAGCAGGGAGAUGAUUGCAGAUUCAACAAAGUUCAACAUAGAAAAAUGUUUCAAUAAUAAGGUGGGCUUGAGCUUCUCUCCUUCUGAAGGCCUGCCUUCUUCUGACACUCACUUACUGUUCAAAGCCUCCCCAAAAUCCCUUUGUGCUGUCCGUGCUGUGGACAGGAGUGUUCUCCUCAUGAAGCCUGAAGCUGAUCUGUCACCCAGCUUGGUGUAUAGCUUGCUGCCAGUGAAAGAAUUGCAUGACUAUCGCCAUGGUACAGACGUGCUCUUGGAGGAACCCCUAGAAGACUGUGUCCCCUUGAAGAAAAUAAUUCUGAAUGGGAUCACCUAUACUCCAGUAGUGGAGAUGAAUGAAGAUGACGCUUACAGCAUUCUAAAGGAAAUGGGCUUAAAGGUUUUCACAAAUUCCAAGGUGAAGAAACCUUGGUAUUGCAGCACUGAGAAUUACGUGCCUGCACCGAGUCGCAUUACAGCAAGUGGAGGCCUGGCUGGAGCACCUAUGUAUGCACUGAGGACAGGUGCCCUAGAUUCUAACAGAAUGCAUGCAACUCCUGAAGAGGUGACAGAGACAAUACGAAAGUAUUUCCCAGAAACAUGGAUUUGGAGUUUAGUAUCUAUAAGGUAAGUGAUUUGGGCAGAUUCCUUCCUUACUUUUAUAAUGAAAAGUGAUGAAAACAUUAAUCCCUUGUUUUCCAAGCCUUUUCAAAUAAAAUAAGUCCUCAAUUGUUUGCAGAAAUCACUUGACAAUCCUUUGAAAAAGAAAUGCCUCUGGAUGUGGUUAGGUUUGUCCAGAGUGUAGUAGUGAGUUUGGAAGAAAAUGUGGAGUGCCCUAUGGUGAAUACUGUGCCCCCUCAUUCACAAAGGCAUUGCUGCUCAGAAGAUCACAGAUAAUCACCCUUCUGUCCUUUUUCUCUGUCCCUCACCAGCUCUGAGGGAAAU